UAAUCCCAACGGGCUCCAUGUACACUAACACAGUUCUGUUGGUCGACAGACACUGAUCAUCUGGGUCCAUAACUACACACCAGUACUCCCCUGCAUCUUCCACUGACAUAUUAGAGAUAACCAGGCUCCCAUUACUAUAGUACCAGCUCACUCUGCUCAUGCUCUCAUUAGAUGUUACAAUGAUGAUUCUUCCCUCUGUUCGGUGUGACUUGAUGAACCAUUUAUGCAGUAUACCCUCUCCCCAAUCUGUGCAUCUGAGAGUGACUUCUUCUCCCUCUGAGAAGAGCUCUACACUAGGGGGGCCAACUUUUGGGCACACCACCAGAUAAUACGUUUGCUCUCUCAUAGAGACUGUACAGCUGUACCAACCUGAGUGAUUUAACAUUAGAGAUGAAAACACCAGCGAGUAGUUUUGGUCUACUGAAGGAACAGUCUGGUUGUUUAGUUUUGGUUCAGUGUGUGAGUGUGUUUUGGAAUUAAACUUCUUCCAACGUGGGGGCUGUUCAUCAGUGGAGUCAGUGAUAGAGCACGGCAACACAGCGGUCUCUCCCACUGAGCUGUUGAUUAUCUCAUACCAUGGUCUCAAACCUACAGUGUGACUGCUAACACACUGCUGUUGGUUCAUCACCAGACAUCUGUAGUCUCUAAAGUCUGUUGCUGUGACGUUGGAAACAUGAAGAGCUGAUGUGUCUGUCACCACUUGGUAUCUUCCUCUAACAUUGUCCAUCACUGAUGUCGUCUUGUCCCCAAAAACUCUGCUCCAUGUUUCUUGCUCAUAUCUAGAGUCCAGUUUGAGCCACUGGAUAUCCAGAUUAUCAGCUGCUCCCUUACAUGGCAGGUCCUCUGGUUCUCCAACUCUCUCUCUGAUAAAUCUCUUGUCUGUUGAAAUAGUACAAACAGUAAUAGUGAUGUCAUUCUCAUGCGUCACCUUGCCCUCAGUCCAACACUCCUCUCGGUACCGGCCGGAGUCUGAAUGGGUCAGGUCGAGGAUGGUGUAAGAAGAAGUUUUCACCGAGCUGACAAGUCGUUGUUUCAGGUGUUGAGGUACUGAGGAGCUGUUGGACCAGAGGUCAGAGGUGUUCCACAGGACAAGCUUCUCCUCACCAACAGAUCUGGAGAUCAGGCAGGAGUCGGUGUUCUUGGGGAGGUUGAAGGUGUAAGAGUCUCCUUUCUCUCGGAUGAUGAUCGGUUCUUGUGCAUGGAUGUAGUUGAUGAGAGCAAACAGCAGGAAGGAGAGCUCUGUGACUGCAGCCAUUCUGCUCCGAGACCGGGUCAUGGGGGUGUCUCAGGUGUCUCCGGUUCUGUACCUCAGCGGGUUGGACUCGGCCCUGAACGCCGGCGUCCUCUCCAGCAGGAGCAUCACGCUGAUCGUUAACGCCAGCGGUCUGGAGGACGUGUCCUACCCGCCGCUGGACGGCCUGAGCGUCCUCCACGUCCCCGUCCAGGACCGUCCUCAUGCUCCCCUCAGACGGUACUUCGACCCGGUGGCUGAACGGAUCAACCAGAACCAGACGGGGAGGACUCUGGUCCACUGCACCGCCGGCCGGAGCCGAUCCCCCGCCCUGAUCAUGGCCUACCUCAUGAGGUUUGAGGGUCUCAGUCUGCGGCGGGCUCAUGAAGUGGUUCUGGAUCAGCGUCCGUUCAUCCGGCCCAACGCAGGGUUCUGGCGACAGCUGAUGGAGUACGAGCGCUCGCUGUUCGGCAGCAACAGCGUCCGGAUGGCGAGAACGUCCGCCGGCGUUCUGCCCGAAGCUCUGCAGGAUGACGCCGAGGCCGCGUACUGCGUCAACGUCUGACUCAGCAAACCACCACGGUCAUAGGACCGACUUUUAAAUCGGGUUUUUAUCUCAGUAAGAUGGGCCCACCCCCUUGGGGCGGCCUCUAGCUCACCCAGUAAGAGCGUUUGCCCCAUGUUGGCUGAGUCCUGCAGCGGCGCAGGGUAUAAAUCCGACGUGCUGCCUUUGCUGUGUGUCAUCCCCCAUCUCUCUCCCCCUUU